CCCCGGCCCUCCCUUCGUGGUGAUUUUCCUGUCCCGGACGCCCGGAGAGGGCGCGCGGCUGGUGCCCGCCCAGCUGGAAAGCACUUGCAAGUGAACAAGCAGCACAACCUUUUGUCUUGGAUAAUUUUUAGUGGAGAGACUCCAACAAUUUAGCAGCAGCCUGCUGGGCCUCUGGCACCCUUUCCACGUUCUACACCCUCAGGAACAGAGGGCCUUUGGGAAACAGAUUCCUAAAAGUGUAGGUUAUAUGCCAGACGCCUGUCAUUUUCGCUAAUCUAUCCAAUAGCCCAGCGAGGUUGGAUGUGUGCUCUCCUCAGCGUGUGAGAACAGUCAGGUUGGAAAAAAGAGACUGAUUUACCCAAGGCCCCCCCAAGCCAGGAAUUAUGUAGAGUUGGGCUGUGAUUCCUGUCUUCUGAUUUCCGACCAGUGUUGACUCUUCACAGGGAUUACGUCCGCUGAAGUAGAAGUGGGCCAGCCAUGAGAGUGUACCUUGUGGCCAUCUUCCUGAGUGCUGUCUUCCUGUAUUAUGUGCUGCAUUGUAUAUUGUGGGGAACCAAUGUCUAUGGGGUGCCACCCGUGGAAAUGAAGCGGAGAAAUAAGAUCCAGCCUUGUUUAUCAAAGCCAGCUUUUGCCUCUCUCCUGAGGUUUCAUCAGUUUCACCCUUUUCUGUGUGCAGCUGAUUUUAAAAGUACUGCUUCCUUCUAUGGUAGCGAUAAGUUUGAUUUGCCCUAUGGGAUAAGAACAUCAGCCGAGUACUUUCGACUUGCUCUUUCAAAACUGCAGAGUUGUGAUCUCUUUGAUGAGUUUGACAAUGUGCCAUGUAAAAAGUGUGUGGUGGUUGGUAAUGGAGGAGUUCUGAAGAAUAAGACAUUAGGAGAAAAAAUUGACUCCUAUGAUGUAAUAAUAAGAAUGAAUAAUGGUCCUACUUUAGGACAUGAAGAGGAAGUUGGGAGAAGGACUACCUUCCGACUUCUUUAUCCGGAAUCUGUUUUUUCGGAUCCCAAUCACAAUGAUCCCAAUACUACGGUGAUUCUCACUGCUUUUAAGCCACUUGAUUUAAAGUGGCUGUGGGAAUUGCUGACAGGUGGCAAAAUAAACACUAAUGGUUUUUGGAAGAAACCAGCCUUAAAUCUGAUCUAUCAACCGUAUCAAAUCAGAAUAUUAGAUCCUUUCAUUAUCAGAACAGCAGCUUAUGAACUGCUUCAUUUCCCGAAAGUGUUUCCCAAAAAUGAGAAACCCAAACACCCAACAACAGGAAUUAUUGCCAUUACAUUGGCAUUUCACAUAUGUCAUGAAGUUCACCUUGCUGGUUUUAAGUACAACUUUUCUGACCUCAAGAGUCCUUUGCACUACUAUGGGAAUUCCACCAUGUCUUUGAUGAGUAAGAACGCAUAUCACAAUGUGACUGCAGAGCAGCUCUUUUUGAAGGACAUUAUAGAAAAAAAAUUUGUAAUUGACUUGACUCAAGAUUGACCCUACAGACUCAGAAGAUGAUGCUAACAGUAUUAGUUUUAUUUUUAUACUGCAAUUUUUAGUUUAUUUUUAAAUACGCUGGAUGUACUUGUCAAGAAAUUAUGUAUAUUAAGUCUGUUGCUGCCUGGUGAUUCAUAACCACCAGCUUAAUUUCUGUGAAUAUAUUUAAUUUAUGGAAACCAAGACAUUUUAAGCUAUCAGGGAAAGUGAAGUUUUCGAUUACAUUGUUUUAAAAAUAAGCUAGUUUUCUGAGGUGUUUUUAAGUAUCUUUUUUAUAGUUCAUCUUAGACUUUGGAAGGGAUGUGACCUCCUAUUAAGUAAGGGGAUUUAGUUUACCACAGCACAUUUUGAAUGUAACACUAACAUUUUGAGAGGUUUCCCUGGCUACUGUAAAUGGGUGGGGAGCUGGCAUGAUAUGGCAGUGCCUUGAUGUGGCGUACUGGAACCUCUUCAGACCUAUAUGUUUGGAGGAUUGUUUGGUUCCUUUUUGUUCUGCCUGAGGACCCUGACGAAUUUUAAACCAGACCUGAAGCAUGGAUGGUUGUGGAAAUCUAAGAUCAUACUGGCUUAAUUAAGUAUUUUUUCCUGCAGUUAAGUAAACCAUGAUUAUGAUGAGUAGUUUGGUAGAAUGAAGAUUUUUUUUUUUCCAAGUCAAAAGAAACAGGAUCACCACGAAACGCUGGAUAAGUAAAUAACCAAAGAAUGCAAUUCCUAAAGUUUGGUGACUGCAUUAUUUUAAAGAAAGAAAGUUUAUACAAAGAAGCUGAAUUAGGCAAGCUCAAGAAGGAGAAAAUUCUUAAAUAUUUUUUGCCUGGCUUAAUUUAUUCAUUAAAUUUUCGAAGUUUAUUUGAAGUAAUUUAGGAAAGACAGGACAUGAGUGAGUAAACCUUUAAGAAGAGUCAAGCUGUUUUCUGGAUUUAAAUGGCAUUUUCAUGAGAAACCAGUUGUCCACAUGAUUAAAUCACAUCUUCAAAUGGAGAGCUCACCUAGGGUGCACCAAGAGAAGAAUGUGGUGGGAUGCAAACAAGCCAGUUGGACAGAAGUGGUGAGCUAGUCUCCCUUUCCAUUUUAAUGACUAUGGGGAGGGAGGAGGACAAGAGAACAGCAGAAGGCUGGGAUCAAAAGCUGCCAGAAAAGGUAUGAGUGAAAAGAACUGGUAUCUUUUGAACAGUAAUUAUCACUGGGAGACAGGGAUAAUCAUCACUGACAACUAACGUGCCUCUCUGAAGAGAAUGUAUAAAUAUUAGAUCAGAAACAGGAAUAAAUGACAUACUUGAAAGUGGUGUAAGGGGGAGAAAACUAGCAGCUGAUUUAACCCAGACCUCCACAUUAAAUAUGGACUCUGUUCUGUUAAUCUCAGCAUCUGUUUGCGCAGUACCCGUCUCUGAUUCUUCUGAUAACGUUGGGGUGGAAAAGGCACAGCUGUUCAGUGUGAUCUUUCCCUCACAGCCAUAGGCUGCAGCUGGGCUGCUGAAGCUGAGUUUGAUGCAAAGUAAUUCAGGCUUCAGAAAGGAUGAUGUUGGCUACAGAAAAAGUCAAAGGUGGCAUUUUCAAAUGUUACUUGCCAAAAAAAGAAGAGGAGAUGAGAGAAGAAACUAGUCACAAGUUGGAUUAAAUGAGAACUGGUGCCAUGGUUGACCUAAAAAUAUCCAACUCUUAGAUUUUGCAGUUUAGGGACGUCAAGUUCAGAACUGAAAGGCAGAGCCAAUAGGUAAUAAUUUUUUUCUUAAAAAUAAGCAGAGCUUCAUUGAUUUAAGAGGGGUUGAAAAGCUUUUAUUGUCCCACCUAAUCUAUUCGUCCUUUCUAACUGUAUUAUCUGACAUGGUGUUUCUAUAACCCUCUUGCUCUCCAGGUGACAAUGUGGAGCCCAGGGAAAGAAGUUCAAGCUUUAUCACAUUCCAUAGAAUUAUGGCCACAUUCAUUAUUUAAUGAGCUCAUUUUCUGUUCCCUCCUGUGGGUUGAGGGAAGAAAAGCAAGUGUGUAUGUAACAUCAUAAUUUCAAAUACUGUAUAAAUCCUCUACUUGAACCAUUUCAACAGCGAAUAAACCCAUUGUUCAAUGCAAAGUGCAUAUAGUGAAACGUGAAUUUAAAUAACUGGGCUAGACCCUGCAAAACCAGUAGGAUCUGUUUAGAGUUACAGCUUUUAACAAAACAUAAAUCAGCAUUCACAAUAUCUUACCUUUAACUGUGCUGGUUCCUAAAUCAAGUAACAGCAAAGUCAGUGUAAUUUUAUGAAACCUUAAGGGCCACAUUUCCUGCACCAAUGUCUGAUUCUAUUUUUUAUAAUUGCAUUAACAGGAAAAAAUUUAAUCCAAUAAGCCACAGUGACUUAAGUCUUUCACAUGUUUCAAGCAAAGAAUAAAAAUUCAAGGAAAUUUUGUAAAAAAAUGGUUAUUUUCACAUUUUCAGUUGUUACUUGAUUGUCUCCAAAGCUGUAUAUAUAUCAGACAUAGUCACGUUAGAAAAAACAAAACAACCCCCC